UUCACCUUUAGCAUGGAAAUUUAAUGCGGCGAAUACAUUUUAAUAAGUUGAUCACCGCAGCUGCCCUGCGGGCCUUCGACUCGUCUCAGCGAUUCGGAAAGGAAUUAGGCUUUGGGCAUAAGAUGCAGGAUAUCCCUGUUCUCACUGGCAAUCCCCGUCCUGUGGCACGUGAAGAUGCCUGGCAUUGCGCCUAUAAACUCUCUGAUCGUAUGGAAUUUGUGAUUCGUGAUGUUUUACAAAAAAACAAAUGGAGUGAAUCUGAAAUACAGCGUGAACUGGAUCAAAUCUUUGAGCGUAAGGUGCUCGGCAGCCACGCAUCUCUCAACACGUGGUCCACCGUAGAGGAGUUCCAGCGGACGCCGUGGUACCGUCGCUACAAGCCCAGUGAUGACACAGUUGCCAAGUUUAUAUCAUACGAGGCGAUGAAACUUCUGGAAGAAGCACUGAUCCCGCCGUCGCUUCGUGUCGACCCAUACUCCCACCUCCGUAAGCGCCACAUGGAGGAUAACUGGAUGAACGAUCGCUUUUCGGAGGACUCUGCUAAGUACGUGACGCGUGAAAUGCUGGCUCAGCAGACGGUUGGGAUGCCGCAGUAUGGCAGAAUCACUCGAAAAAAAUUUAUGGAAUUCGAGAAAAAAUUUCUCACACUCCAAGGGUCUAACCUGCACAUCAAUGAGGCGUACGCCGCCUGGCUUCGAACCGUGGAUCCGCGAAACAAGAAGAAGUAAAAAAGAAAGCGCACGAGGGAUUUAUCGCUUCAGUGCAUCUCCUCGACGAGUGGUGUUCCCCCCCCUCCCCGCACCUCCGUGAGGAUGAAUUAAGUAUUCUGUGAAUUUUCAACUUACUACACAAA